ACUUUCAGAACUAGCAGCUCCUGAUAUCUUUUGUGUCUCUUCCAUUCCAGUCUGUUGCUGAGAUGUUAAAUGAGAUGGACAGCAUGGAGACCACAUGCCAGUGUGGUUAUUUUACUUUACUUAAGAGAAAAGUAAACAAUGUGUGAAAAAACUGAAGUUUCUGAAAGAAGGUUUCUUUGUUAAACUAGUUGUAUGUUUCCCUUUCUUCAACACUAAACUUGUGUUUCUGUCAGAGGGGGGAAAAGGCAUAUCUUACAAAAGCUGCGAUAAAAAGAGCUUGUUAGAAACCUACUGUAUUCUAAUUUCAGUAUGAUUUUACUUCAGAAAAACAAACCAGGGGCUCAGUUUUCUCUAUUAAUGCUCACUCACAUUUGCAGUCCCAUUGUCCUUUUGCAGGUAUGUAAGUUUUCCUGCUGCUAACACCAGGCUUAGAUUCCAUGUGUGGAGGGGCUUAAAAGACUGAAUUGGUAUUAACCUGUGCAGCACACGUGCUCCUAGCCAUGUAAUAGAAAAGCAGUACUGUUGCUGCAGUUGCCUUUUUUCCUUACCAGUCAUGUCUGCAGAUAGUACAAGCUCCUCCCAUAAAUAUACAGUGAGCAUGCUCUCAACUCUUCUGAUACUACUGACAUUACAUUGAAGUCCUCUUCUGUUCCUCAGUUACUAGUAUCACAUGAAAAUAAUUCUUCUUUCUUCUUCUGCUUUUUGGUAAGGAUAGGCUGACCUUGAGUUGCAGCAGAGACUGCCAAAAAAAAAAAAAAGGCAUUUAAAUCUGAAUGAUACUUUAAUUAGAGUGAUAUAUGGUUGGACUGCAACAAGGCAUCUGCCUCAAAAUAGAAAGGGUUUACCCCUCUCCCUCCACCCCCCCCUUCAAUGACUUGUUUUGUUUUGACACAGGAGGCAUAGAUGUGAUCUUCACUCUGCAAGGAGAUCCCAGCCUGUUUGUGGCUUCAGCUGCCAGUCGGCUUCUGGUGCACAUGCUCACCUUCUCUCUAGAGUCUGAAAUGACUAAACCUCUCAGUGCAAAGGAUUGUGACUGGCCAGUGUGUGCCCAAAUGAUUAUAAAGCGUAUAGAAGAUUCCCUUCAGUCCAGCUCUGUCUCUCGAAUCAAGCAGUCAUUAAAACUGUUAACUAGUUUGUUUGGCUGUUGUCAUGCUCCAUGGACCGAAGUACUUUGGUUAGGUGUAGCAAAGCAAGUAGAAUCCUUUUUGACGGAAGAGUCUGUUCAAGCACAGCACAUGCUGGCGGAUCUUUUGCUUAACGUGGCAAGAUCUCCUGUGUUUUGUGACACUGAAGGCAGUUUUUGGGCAUUAGUGACAUCUGCUCUGGAACAUUUAACCCCUGUACAAGCAGGUCCCUUGGCAGUAGGAAUUCUGAGGCUCCACAAAUGCCCACAAAAUGUGAGGAUUCAGGCACUGACUGUUCUGCUUCAGCCAAUGGACUGUAUUUUAAGAGCAGCCUCCCAGCCCCUGGAAUAUGCAGGUUUGCUGGAUGAGUCUGUCACAGAUCCUGCCACUGUUGAAAGCGUUCUGUCCUCCAAGUCAUCUUGUGCUAGUCUCCUGUGUCAGACUCUUGGUCAUCUGGAGGAGCUGCUGUCUCUGAUGCAUUUGCCAGUGGAUUUACCCUAUACAUCUUUGCUACGCUCUCUCAUAACAAUAUUACAAUUCUGUAAUGGCCUCCUAAUUCCAGCUUAUCCUCUGGGAAGCAAGAUAAGCCAAAUCUUGAUUGGUUGCUUCAGAGUACAGAGGUCAGCUCUUGAUGUCCUGGCUGUGCUCUCAGAGCGGAAGGGCUGUGACACGCUCGUAGAAAGUUUAUUUGACGUCCUUUUGGCAUACCUGGAGAGUCCAAACACUAACCCUACAGUUCUGAAAAAGUCAUUUCAAGCUGCAUCCAAAUGGCUGGUGUGCUUACCUGAAAUGUCCCGUUUCAACAGCCAGUGGCAAACCAAGAAGAUUCUGCAAGAUGUAUUUCUGGUGCUGCAGAAGCGUUUGUGCAGUCCUUGCUGGGAAGUACGAGAUUCUUCUCUGGAGUUCCUCACCGUCCUGAUUAAAGGCUUGAGAGACCAGGAUGAGUUCAGGCAGACUCUCCUCUCUUCGGAGGUGCCGAGGCUUACAGAAGAUCUUCUUGAGGACCCAGAGAGUUACGUGCGAGCGAGUGCUGUGACUACUGCAGGACACCUGACCUUCAUUACUUACUUUGCUGCAGAGUCACCUGUCAUAGGGAGUCAAUAUAAUAAAGAGAACACUGUAGCAAAGCUUCAAGAAAUCUUGUCUACAGAUCCGGAGGGCUUUCCUAGGAGGGCUGUGAUCAGCGUCUUCACCAAGUGGCUGAGACAAGGCUACGCAGGUCUACUGCAGGACAGAGAGCAGUUUGUCUCUAGAGUGAUCCAAAUCGCAGAGAGCGACUUAGACUGGGAAGUCAGGCUUGGUGGUUUGGAAUUGGUUGAAGUUUUCUGCGUCCAGACGCUUUGCCGACUUGGCCGUCCUAAAUGCCCGUAUGCUCCUCUCUCAUCUGCAUUCACUAGUUCCGUUGGUCAGCAUGAGUCGCUGCAGAUAUUUUGCCAAGCAAAAUUGUUUGGCUUUUUGUUUCAUUCUUUGUGUGACUGUGACAGGCCAGUUGGUCAGAAAGCCUGCGAUGUAUUGCUUGCCUUAAGAUCUAGUUUUUAUCCAAGUAACACCCUGAAGGAUUUUCAAGAGACUGGAGAUUCACCUGCAGGACAUGGCAUUGCAUGGUUACAAAGGACACUAAGGCAGGGUUCUCUGGCCCAGAACUUCCCCUCAGGCAGUGGUAACGAGAUUGACUUCCAAGAUCCAGAGAGCAUGCUUCUGGCUUUGGGAACAAUAGACCUAGAAGAGCUGCAUGAUGAUCUAAACAAAAGUAGUGACCACGUGGAGAAAAGCCCUCAGUCGCUCUUACAGGACAUCCUUGCUACUGUGGGCACCGUAGAGGAGAAUGAAGCUGACUGCUACUAAAGACAUCUCUGCUUUAAGGGAGCAGUGCUUCACAUCAUUUUUUUUUUUUGGAGGAGAAUUUUUGCUACUAGUCAUGAAGUCUGUCUUGAGAGAGCCUCAAAAGAAGGACUACUUUGAAUAGAGAAAAGGAUUAAAUGUUAGAUGAGUCACACAAUCUUUGCUUUAAUACUGGUGUAAAUUUUCUGAUAAAUGUCAUUUAUAGUUAACUGUCUGAGCUGUUUCUCAAAGUAAAAUAUAUUUAAG